CUGGAACUGAACGCAGCACGGCCGGGUGAACCGUUAACGGCGGGGGCGGGGCUUAGCGGGCUGCGUCUAUAAACUGAAAGGACCCGGAUCGUGAACCGGUGUCGCUGUUCCCGAGGGGUCAUUCAACAAGCGCACUGCAGAGACAGGUGCUUCACGAUGUGGGGAGUCGCGUUGAUUCUUUUCUCUUGUGUCCAAGCUCACGCGAUGUCUCAUGGAAUUAUUUCCUUCCCACCAGUAAAACCACUCCGUCUUUCCUGGCGGACUUGAAGGUGGAGCCGAUGACAGCGGGAGCAGAGGUUAUGCUGAACAUCAGCUGGGCAGUCAAUCUUGAUGUUAGUGUGAAACAUCUGACGGGCACCGGGAUUGCAAUUUCUGGGCAAUAUUCUUACCACUGUGAAUACAACCCACAUUUGGCAGUAAACGUCACUGGGUCUGAGCAGAAAUGGUUUCAUUAUUUAGUAAAAGCAAGGUGUGGCAUAUCCAACAUCGAAGUUACAAAUCUCCCAUUGCCUCCACUGGGGAGCGGCCCCUCUUACAAGGUCAAAACCAUUACGAUACCUUGUAUACCAGAGCCAUCUACUCCAGUUUCUGAAGAAUUUACUUCAGUUUCAACAGGUGAGCAAUCCCACUUUUUCAAUCUCACGCAAAGUUUGUUCAUGUUUGAAUGUGUUUGCUGUCUAUCAUUAUUAACCAAAUUUGUUUUGAUUAUUUUAUCUUUAACACUCCUUUUUAAAGAUGUCCCUCCAGUUGGGACGCCUCCUUCACCCUUGAGAACAGAACAUGUCGCUGUCGCCAUUUUUGGAGGACUGGCCGCUUUGAUGAUCCUGACUUUGUGCUACAUGAUCUAUAAAUGCUGUGGAGCCAACAUUGCUACAUCAUUUGGUUUCAAACGUUUACCUCAAUCUCCCGUGGUUCCUGUCCCCGUCCUGGUGGUGUACCCUGCGGAGAAUUCAGCCUUCCAGCAGGCCGUGGUGGCCCUGUCAGAGUUCCUGCAGUGGCACGGUGGCUGCCGAGUGGCCGUCGACAUCUGGCAACAGGGGAAAAUAGCAGAGCUGGGGCCAAUGCGCUGGCUGGCAGAGCAGGUCAAAUCUUCAGACCAAGUGCUCAUCGUCUGCCCACAGGCCUCUUCAGAGCCAAGCCUAUCUCCACCCGACCGCAGUUUCCCAGAAGCCUCCAUCCCUGCUGCAGCUCAUGACCUUUACCCCCUGAUCCUCAACAUGGUUGCCAGCCACGCAAAGAGCACCAGUGACCUGGCUAAGUUCUGGGUGGUGCAGCUGGGCGAGCAACAGGACAAAAGGCAUAGUAGCGUGUCGCUGGAACUGAGGGCCUGCAAGUCUUUUUGUUUAAUGAAGGAUUUGAACAAACUGUGUUGGAGUGUUCAUACUCACAGACAGGACAACAAGAAGAUCGCAGAUCUGAGCUUUAGCUCAGAGAUUUCCUACAGUGAGAAGAGCACAGUCAAGUUAAGAGAAGCUGUAGAAAAGCUUUUCCAAAGAAGUGCAACCAGUAAGAAAUGUGGUCACCUCUGUUUGAGCAUCAGUAAUGAGCAUGUGUAGAUUUACGUGUGAUAAGCAAAGAGGAUGGGUAAAUAGCUGAAUAGGGAACUCUUUUAUUAUUCUUACUGUUUUGUAAAAUGCAAAAAUAUGUUUUAUUUUUUGCAAAGGAUAUACUUAAAUGAUUUUAGUUACCAAAACCCCUGCUUAGACACCACAGGGUCGAUACAUGUCUCUGUAGCACUGCAUACUGUAGUCGAUCUGUAAUCUAUUUUGCUCUGACAGUCGUUCAUUAUGUAGAUAUUGUAAACAGCUUCAAGGCAGGUGAACACAAUGAAAGAAAUGAGCAACAAAGACAAUGUAUAAUUCUUUUUUGGGUUGAAGAUUGAAGAAAUAAUGUCUUUGUUUGUUGUAUUCAGUUCUAUUACAAUCCUUGCUUCAGCUGCAAGGGUCGUCUGGCCAGGUUGCUCCACCCAAUACACCUUCUUUAGUUACCAGUUGAGGAGCAUCCUGACCUGACCUGCACUCAGAAGGUUGUCUCUGUCGUGGAAUUUUGUCUAUCCUCCCCUGAGAAACUGUUAAGACGAGUCUUCUCAGGCACCAAGCAAAGUCAACAUGUCUGUGGCAAGCCACAACAAUCAUUGAGCAGCUGAAGUCUCUCUCGAGGUGUCAUAGUCGCAGGGAGAUGACAUUACCUAAACUAAAUACACUACAGAGACCGGGAACAGGCAGAUUGUCUUGGGGUGCCAUACAUGGACCACCUUGUUGAUCUGUGUAAACGAACUAGAGAUCUCCUUGAUAUAUAGGGUAUAUUGAGCUCUUAUAAUUAAUACUCCUGCUUAAGACAGCCACGGUUUCUGUCUCCCUCAAUCAGCAUCCACUCCAUCAAUAAUUCAUUUUCAGUCUCUACAUGUUUCUUCUGUGCUGCUGGGUUCAUACACACACACACACACACACACACACACACACACACACACAGACUGUAUAGUAUGUAUAAUACUUUUUGUCUUAUGUACAUUAAGUUUUAUUAAUUAUAUAUAAGACAAAGCCUUAUAAUAAUACUGUUAGAAUAAGAAUAAUACUAUAAGCAUCAUAAUAGUUCAGAAAUGUGACACAAUAACACAAAUUACAUACAUGAAAACUUCAUCGAUUCAUCGUCUACCGCUUUGUUUAAGGGUCGGAUAAAACUUAUUGCUGAAGUUUUAAUUUGUUUUGACUUUGAUUUGACUGUUACAAAUGCAACUUUGAUCUUUUUUAAUUGUUGGAUACUUUGGUAAACAUACUAUAAAAAUUAAUCCAAUUCCUCUGAUUAUAUUGUAUGUAUUAUUAAUAAUACACAUAAAAUGACAUGUUGAUAUGGGGAAAAAGAUCACACUCCCUAUGUUUGACAUGGUUUGAUUAUGAAUUAAAUAAAACAAUCACUCAUCA